GUUAAAAACAGAAUCUGUUUACGUCCAGAGCUGUGCUGCUGGUGGUUUUGUGUUCGUGCAAACGGUUCAAUAUUUUUUUCUCUUCCUUUUGUGCGGUUUUAAAGCCAGUUGCGGCCACACGCGGACCAUUUUAGAACUCUUAGGCGGUGCACACGGUUACACGGGUGGUUCAGUUGAUUUACAUGGUGCAUUAAUAAUCGAAUUUUUCCAGCGAGUUCGCAAAGCCAGGCGGUGGGACGAGGCGAGUGCGGCGCGAACAGCCCCGAAAGCUGCAGCCCAGGGAAAUCAUGGCGACCGAGGUGGAAGCGUGGACCGUGGUGGCGCCCCAGCACGAAGGGGCAUUCUCCUCUGAGGACAUGGAUGGUGAUGAGGAGGGCCUGCUGAAUGAUGUGGAGGUGAAUGGGAGCUGGACUCCUCAGGAGAAGGCCCUUCACGAGGCACGGCUGAAGGCCAAAGCCAAGCGACGCGUGCGCCGGACGUCAUCGCGCGACUCCACCCGCGAGUCUCUGUCGGACAACGGAGCCGAUCUGGGGGGCGACCCCACCAGCCCCAAGGGCAAGACCAAUGCUGGCGAUCGCAAGUCCAGAAUGGGCAAAGGCCGUGGCCUGCCUAAGAAAGGUGGCGCUGGCGGUAAAGGGGUUUGGGGAGCUGCUGGGAUGGUGUACGAGAUGGAAGAGCCAGAUGCCAAAGACCCUAACUACGACGAGUCCUCUCAGGGGGACACAGUGUACGCCACGGUGACACCGGAGCUGGAUGAGCGGGAGCUGGAGAAGACUGUGAGCCCCAUCGUGCAGGAGUAUUUUGAGCACGGGGACACCAAGGAGGUGCAGAUGCUGCUGGAGGGGCUGAACCUGGGACACAACAAGUACGCGGUGUCCUCGCUGGCCGUUUCACUGUCCCUGGAGGGCAAGGCCAGCCACCGGGAACUGACCUCGCGGCUGCUCUCCGAUAUGGUGGGCAAGGUGCUGACAGAGAAGGACAUGGCGCGAGCCUUCGACAAGAUGCUUGCAGACUUGCCGGACCUCAUCUUGGACACACCCGAGGCCCCACAGAUGCUGGGCCAGUUUAUUGCAAGGGCCAUUGCAGAUCACGCCCUCCCCAUGGGCUUCCUUGACUGCUAUAAGGGCAAGGUGGAUUGUGAUCAUGCCAGGGCUGCGUUGGACAGGGCUGCGGUGUUGCUGUCCAUGAAGACAAAGAUGGUGCGACUGGACAACGUGUGGGGUGUUGGCGGAGGCUUGAGGCCCGUAAAGCACCUUAUCAAAGAGAUGAACCUACUGCUGAAAGAGUACCUGAUCUCAGGUGAGGUGUCAGAGGCCGAGCGCUGCCUCAGAGACCUCGAAGUGCCUCACUUCCACCACGAGCUUGUCUACGAGGCUGUGGUUAUGGUUCUGGAGUCCAAAGGGGAGUCUGCCAUAUCCAUGAUGGUGAAGCUUCUCAAGGCAUUCUGGGAAACCGGACUCAUCACUUUGGACCAAAUGAACAGGGGCUUCCAGAGAGUUUAUGAUGAGCUCCCCGAGAUCAACCUGGAUGUCCCUCAUGCCCACACCAUCAUGGAGAGCUUUGUGGACCUGUGCUACCAGGAGUCGGUCAUCACCAAACAGCUACGUGACGCGUGCCCUUCCAGCAGGGGGCGUAAACGCUUCGUCAGCGAGGGCGACGGAGGCACAAUCAAGCAAUAGUGAAAGAGACCCAGAGUGGGAGGCAGUCAGGAUCUUCAGUUGGGCUGCAGCCUCUCUUUUUUUCCAUUUGUUAGGGGUGGGAAUGUGGGGUCUUUUGCCUGGUUUGUACAUGAUGCCCAGCAUUUUGUGCUUGGGUCAUCAGUUACGCUGUUCCGUUGCACCAGUGACUGUCCCAAUGUGUUUUUUUUUUUUUUUUCCCCUGUUUAUUUCCAUUUGUCAUGUACCUUUGCUCUGGGGAUAUAUGGCAGUCAUUAAAGAGACCACCACAACAAUCACAAGGU